AAAAUACGGGGAAGGAUUUACUGGUCUUGUGUUGUGUCGGUCCGGUUUUGGACACCCACCAAGCCGGAACCGGAAUACAUGGGUUUCAGAUAACCUACGCCGUACUACCUAACUUAUGGGCAAACGGUUCCGAGGCUAUUUAUUUUUUAUCCGUCGGUUCCGGUAAUCUACUGACGGUUCAGCCCCAGAGAGUCUCAGAGAAAGCAACCCCUUUGAUUUCUCUCCUCUUUCUUCUACCUUUUUAUUAUUAUUAGUCUGUAAAUUAGUCUGUAAAAAACGGAGAUCCUCUUGAGCGUCCCAUGGAUGCUUCUUCUGUAUUUUUUCAGUGAAUCUCCUCGCUGGAUCUUCCCGGCACAACGAAUUACUGCUAAUGGCGAAAAAUAACAGGGAAGAACCCAGUACAGCUCCACAGGCCGAUCAGUGGUACAACCUAACACUAGGUUCCUCCUUCAAAGAUGAUAGUUCCACCAAGAAAUUCUGCACUUUAAGAUAUGAGUUCAAGCCUGCAUCAAUAGAUAAGAACCAACCAGGGUCUCUUCACAAGAGCAAAGACAACAAGGUAACCGUCGAAUUCCGCAACAAUGUACCUGGAAAACCCAAUGUAACUUUUGAAGGUAGUAGUGAGGAUUACAAAGACAAUGAUGCCGUCCUCUUCUUUGAUGGUAGCACUUUCCGUUUGGAGCGCCUUCAUAGAGCUGUUAAGCGGUUGAGGCAUGUCCGACUACCGGGGGAUUCAUUAAACUCUGCUUUGCCUCUCCCUUCCCCCGCUGUGCCCAAUCAGUAUUCAUCUUCUGUGGAUUUCACUCACGCAUCUCCUUCUCCACUUGGAAAGUCAGUAAACUCACGGACGCCUAAUAAAACCUUUGUUCACCUGCCUGAGUCGGUUGAAGUUGAACAAGUUGAUAUUGGGGGAUCAGAUCCAGAGGAGGGUCUAGGUACAAAAGUUACUACUGAUAGGCCAGUUAUUGAUUAUACAUCUGCUUCACCAAAUCCCUCAACUGUACUGCGACAAGAUCAUAAGAGUGAUGAGAUCGAGGGGCACCUGGAUGUCACUGGCGAUUGUGAUGUUACUGGUAGUAGUCCACAUCAACUGCCUAAAAUUGUUAAUCCUGUUAGUGGACAUGAACAACUGAAGUUUGGGGGGUUUGACAUCAAUCUGCCGAGUCAGAACGAUUCAGACAAUGAAAUUGCUGAUGUAGAUGUUAGCGAUGACGAGCCUGAGAAGGGACCCAAUGCUGCGGAAGCACUGAGGGCACAGGUGAUGAAUGAAGAGGGAGGAGGGCAUAGUACAAGUUCAAGUGACAGCAGUGGUAGUGGAAGGAGCAGUGAUAGUGCAAGCAGCAGUAGCGACAGUGAAGCUAGUGAGGAUGUGUCUAUCACUUCCGACUAAGAAAGAAGCGACAGUGAAGCUAGUGAGGAUGUGUCUAUCACUUGACUAAGAAAAGAAGAUUGGUAAAUGGUGCGUUUUGUUCAUGGUAAUUGCCUAUGGGUGUUAUAUUAGAUCAUAGGACGUGGAGGCUGGUCUGUGAUCCCGAAUGGCUAGAGGCGUGUAAUGGUCAAGCUCAUCUACCUAAGUAGUCAGGUGAACAAAAUCACGUUGGUGAAUGAAAUUGAUUUUUGUAAGAACAUUUGAGUAAUGUGAACAAAAUCACUCAUGCUGAUUGCACGUCGGUGAAUGAGACUGCUUUUGUAAGGACGUUUUAGUAAUGUGAACAAAAUCAAUCAUGCUGAUUGCCAUGGAAAUGCUGGGAUGAUUCCACCCUGCAUUAUAAAAAAACUUGGAUUA